CAGAUGAUAGUUCACGUCUCAAUUUGCCUAAUCCAACAAUUGGAUAAAUUCUGUUUUGCAUAUAAAUUCAUUCGCAGUUUGAAAACACUAACGUAUAUUCACUUCGGUGAUGUUAGAUAUGAUAAUCACUGCGCUAUUGUGAUAAGACAAUCUUUAUAGAAAAUGAACUGCCAGUUGGACGUAAUAAAUUAGCAAUCCUUCGUUGGAUCUUCACGUCCGUAAUUCAACAGAAUUGAAAACAAAUAAUUAUCAAGAAAAUUAUAAUGACACGGCAUUGGGCUUUUUCUGUAGGCAUAGCAGGGCUGCUGCUUGCAGUAUUUGCUGAAAGCCUGGGAGGCUCUGGGUCAACUGAAAACCCUAGAACUACGGAAGCUCCAGUGCUGACUGAGUGCCCGAAAGUGGAUAUCCCGGGGAGAACAGUUCUUCUUGCCCACGAGUCUGAUUGUACGAAGUUCUAUGCAUGCUCCAAUGGGAGGAAGAUUCUGAUGGAGUGUGCGUUGAUGGAUCUGAACGGAAAUCGCUUGUAUUUCAAUGUUAAACUCCAAAUGUGCGAUUGGCCAAGUAGAUCUAAUUGUAAUAACAGAAAUACGACAGCGCAGCCACCUGGGGAAAACACCACCCCUGAGCCCACAGAAGGGAGUGGAACAACUAUAGCGGAAAAUUCUCCAACGACAGUAGAUACCGUCCCUACUUCUGAAUCAUCUACAACUAAACAGUCAACACAGAGACCGACAACUGAAGGGACAGGAGAUGGAAAUUCCAGCGAUACUCAUAUCCCAACUGAAUGUCCCAAAACGGAUUCACCGGCUAAAACCGUCCUACUUCCCCAUGAGUUGGAUUGCACAAAAUUCUAUGCAUGCGUUCAUGGAAAGAAGGUUCUCAUGCAGUGUGCACUACUGGAUCUUAAUGGGCAUCGCCUGUACUUCAAUGCUAAGUUACAAGUGUGUGAUUGGCCGAAUAGGUCUGGAUGUAUGAAUAACCAUACAACGCAUGCUAGUGAAGGUACAACACAUCCGACUACUGGAAUAACUGAAACGACUUCGCAGCAAUCGACUACACAGCAGACUACAAAUUCUAGUACUCAGUUGCCCACGAUAACUGAAACGUCUACGCAGAAACCGAGUACAGGGUCUAAUACAAAUCCUACUACUGACUCGUCUUCAACAACGGAAAAUCCCACACAGGAACCUAGUACGGAGCGUACUACAAGUUCAAUUACUGAGUCACCUACAACUACUGCAAAUCCCACACAGGGGUCGAGUACAGAGUCUACUACAAGUCCAACUACCGAGUCCUCUAGAACCACAGAAAAUCUCACACAAAAACCGAGUACAGAGUCUACUACAAGUCCAACUCCCAAGUCCUCUACAACCACAGAAAAUCCCAUACAACAACCGAGUACCGAGCCUACUGCAAAUCCAACUACCGAGUCCUCUACAACCACAGGAAAUCCCACAGAAAAACCGAGUACAGAGCCUACUACAAGUCCAACUACCGAGUCCUCUACAACCACAGAAAAUCCCACAGAAAAACCGAGUACAGAGCCUACUACAAGUCCAACUACCGAGUCCUCUACAACCACAGACAAUCUCACAGAAAAACCGAGUACAGAGCCGACUACAAGUCCAAUUACUGAGUCGCCUACAACCACUGGAAAUCCCAUACAGGAGCCGAGUACAGAGCCUAAUACAAGUCCAACUACUGCGUGGUCUACAACCACUAAAGACCUCACCGAAGAACCGACUACAGGGCCAACAACCAGCCGUACUACUGAGUCAUCUACAACUACUGAAAAUCCCACACAAGAACCGAGUACAGGGUCUCCUACAAAUCCACCUACUGAGUUGCCUACAACAACUGAACAAUCAACACAGAAACCAACUACAGAAAGUACUCCACAACCUACUACCCAAUUACCUUCAUCACCUACUACUCCAAAUCCGUUCGACUCCUGUCCCCCCAGCGGCAUCAACAACGGUAAAUCAUACUCCCACGAGUGCAUUUGCGAAAAAUACUACACGUGCUCGGAUGCAGGACUGAUCCUACACCAGUGCCCCAACAAAAAACACUUCAAUCCGAGCACUGAAGCCUGCGAUGAGCCCGAGAACGCCGGGUGUUCGAGACUUCCGUUAACAACACAAAUCACACCAACCAGCUCUGAUCCAGUCACCAUGGAGUGCCCUCCAGAUGGCAACAGAACUCUGAUUCCCCACGAGACCAAGUGCUCCUCGUUCUACAUUUGCGAUAAAGGGCAGAAGCAAUUAGCGAAUUGCGUGCCAGGACUCGAGUUCAAUCCGACCCUCCGCGUCUGCGAUUAUCCCGAGGCUUCUGGCUGCAGCAAGCCGUCCUCACAGACGAGAUCAGUCAUCAUUGACGAUUUUCAUUUGAGAGUGUCCGAAGACAUCGAGGCUCGUCAUCAUGGUCAACAUCACCAUUCCGAUGAUACGCGCGGGUGCAUCGGCAGAUGUUUGGGUAUAGAUCCAAACGAGGUGGAGCAAUUGCCGCAUAGGGACUGCAGAAAAUUCUGCAAGUGUCAUCUCAGGAGACCCCACGUGAUCGAGUGCCCUCCUGAUUUGCAAUACAACCCUGUGGAGCGAAUCUGCGAUUAUUCAGUGCACGCUGGCUACAAGGGACACAAUCACCGUCAAUAAAUUAUAGCUUAGACUGCAUUCAAAUAAGUAUUUCCGAUUCGAUUCGACACUAAACAUAGAAAAUUAACAAAAAAGUUGACCUAAUUUUCUCUACUCAUAAAAGCAAUGAAGCGAAAAUUAUGUUUUAUUUUUAUCAUAAUUUCUGUCCGUUAAUGUGGAAUCAAUAAAAUCUAUCUAAUUGUUG